AUGUCGAACCCGGACGGCUUCGAGAUGUCCCACUUGGGUGUCAAGUCGGCCCAUUUCAGCGUCGAUGAGCAUCGUGGACACAGUCGCUCUGGCUCUGAUGGAGGUUAUACUGGUGGGGUGUCGACAUCCAUGUCGAGUGGAAAGCGUUUGGAUCAAGUCCUCUUCCUCCAAGCUAAUCUCCUUCGCAGUGGAUUCGAAGCAGGUCUUGUCAAUGGCGGGCCAGCCGGUCUAGUUUGGGGAAUGGUACUAUCAUUAAUUGGAACAACAGGUAUCAUGCUGUCCCUAGCAGAAAUGAGCUCCAUGACCCCCUUGGCCGGAGCUCAAUAUCACUGGACGGCUGUACUGGCCCCGCCACGAGUUCAAGCAUUCAGCACCUGGAUCCAAGGCUGGAUUACCGUCUUCGGAUGGCAGGCCUCGACAACAAGUAUCUGCUACUUGGUUGCUGCGCAGAUCCAGGCUAUGGCUCUGCUCAAUGAUUCAGACUAUGUGCCCCAACAAUGGCAUGGCACACUUCUCAUGUGGGCCAUCAUCCUGGGGUCUGGUCUGGUCAAUAUCUACGGAAUCAAGAUCAUGCCUGCGUUGCAGAUGAUGGGUGGCAUUCUACACAUCACUGUCUUCAUUGCCCUGGUUGUCCCAAUCAUCUUGCUUAGUCGUCGCAGCACCCCGCAGUUUGUGUUCACCGAGUUGCUCACGGCAGAUGGAGGCUGGCAGUCUCCCGGUAUUGCUUGGUGUCUGGGCAUGCUGACGGUUACCUACUGUUUCCUUGGCUUUGACGGUGCCAUCCAUAUGAGCGAAGAAGUACGAAAUCCAGCAGUCGUCAUUCCCCGGGUCCUCCUCCAGACCAUCGCUAUCAGUGGCACAUUGGCAUUUGUCUUCCUGAUCGUCAUUCUCUUCUGCAUUGGCAGCGUUGAGCAAGCGCUAAGCCCUGCAUACACGUUCCCCAUUAUUGGAAUUUUCAAGCAAGCUACCAACUCUGCCAAGGCAGCUACGGCCAUGCAAACCGCCAUUACUGUGAUUGGUAUGGUCUCAAAUGUUGGCGUUGUUGCCUCCGUUUCACGACUGACGUGGGCGUUUGCCCGUGACGGCGGCCUUCCUUUUUCGUCAUACUUUGCUCACGUCGACCGCCAGCACCGCGUCCCUAAACGCGCCAUCCUACUGGUCUGUGGCGCCGUGGUCAUCCUCUCAGUAAUUAAUGUCGCCUCCGAAACCGCUCUCAGCGCUAUUCUCGCUCUUUCUACCAGCAGUCUCUAUAUCUCCUAUCUCAUUCCCAUUGUCAUGAUGAUUAUCCGACGACUCGACACCAGCCGUGGUCCCAUCCAAUUCGGACCCUGGAACCUCGGUCGCUUCGGCAUGGCGAUCAACGUCUUCUCUCUGACUUUCGGCGUCUUCGUGUGCAUCUUCGUUCCUUUCCCAACACAGAUUCCAGUUACAGCCGCCAACAUGAACUGGUCCGGCCCCGUUUUCCUUGGAGUUUGUCUAUUACUCGUUAUAGACUGGACUUUCCGGGCUAGACAUAAGUUUAUUGGGCCGAGCAAGGAUCUCUUGCAUUCCAGAAGUAAGGCCUGUGCUGCUUAA